AUGACAGAUUCGGAAAGUGAUGGUGUAAGUGAGCAUGUGCAGGAUGAUUAUUACAAAGCGUAUUUGGAAACUAUGGAGCCGUAUACUCAAGAAUACUCCAAUGCUGUUAAUAAGCUAUCUUACUUCGAAAAGAAGAAAGCGAGAGCAGAGAAUGUAAAUUUAGGCAUCGAAGAGCUACGCUCAUCAGAUGGCUUACUUCCUAACGAGGUUACUUUUUCAUCUUCGUCAGGAAGCUUAAUUUCUGAUAAACCUGCUGAAAUUCCGCAAAUUGGUGAGGAGCAAAAUAAAGAGGCAAAGAAAUUUAAGAAAUGAAAGAUCUUAAAGGACUCCAUGCCUUCGCAAGAAAUCUCACAGAAGUUAUCAAAAUAUGUGCAGGUGAAGGAAAAGAAGUGUAAACACAAAAAUAAAAUCUUGGAGUUGGAUUCACAGCAUUUAAGAGAAAUUAGCAAAAAGUUGAAUAUGAAUGCUAUUAGGGAGAAGCUGGCCAAAAAGAAGAAUCUAUCUACAAGUAGGGGUAACAAGAGUUCAGUGAUUCUAAGAAAUUACAAAGUAACCAGCCUGAAAUCAUAUCCAAAUCCGACAAAUUGAUUAACGGAUUAUCAAAGCCCUUGGAAAUACGAUGAAUGUGUAAAAUCAACCAAGCACAAAGCAAAUAUGAGAAAAAGCUAUGGUCUUCAUAAAGCCUCAAAGAUUAAAUACAAAAUCAUAAAGCAGAAUCCUUCUCAGGGUAAUCAAACCUUGAACUUGAUACAAUGCUCAAAAAUCUCUUUAAAGCCAGAUCUUGAAACUAAUCCUUCUGUUUUGACUCCUAAAAGAAACGAAGAAAUUAACAACAGUAUUGAAUCAAGUGGGGUCUGGGAAAACAGCAAAAAUGAGCAAUUAGAGAAAAUGACUCAGUCUUCUGAACAUACAAAUAUUUCUAUGAGUUCUACACUGUUAUCAAAGCCGAUGAUAUCUCCAAAACUAGCUCAAAAAGUGUUUAAAAGCGAUGGUCCAGUGAGUAGCUACAUGAAGAUCCAUAAGAACCCUCCUCAUACCCUGAAGAGAGCAAUAAGAGCAAUGAAUAAAUAACAAAAUGAACUUAACAACAAAUAAUAUCCCAAAAAGUACUAGAAGACUGUCAUUAACUUCCAAAUCAGCAUUGUCGACUGCUUCAGUUAAGAUCUGUAGAAAAACCGAGCAUCACAGAAAGCCUGAUUCGAAGCAAAAGAUUUAAUAAUUAGAACAAGAGGAGCUCAUAUUAAUUAUUCAACAGUGGAAC